UCUGUUUGUUUGUGAUGGUGAAAGGAAAGGGUCUUAAAAAUCAACAAUAAAGAUCGAGAGAUCGGAGGGUCGAAGUGUGUUCUCCGCGGCGGAGGAUUGGCAUUGUCCGACCGCUUGUGCGCACAGGGAGGGGUGGCGGACUAUCGCACAUCUACUCGGAUUACUGAAGUAUCCCCCGAUUUCCCUCAAAAAAGGAUACAUUCAAGAUGUAUCCACAGGGCCGGCAUCCGGCACCACACCAACCAGGGCAGCCUGGCUUCAAGUUCACCGUGGCCGAGUCCUGCGACAGGAUCAAAGACGAGUUUCAGUUCCUGCAGGCCCAGUACCACAGUCUCAAAGUGGAGUACGACAAACUGGCCAAUGAGAAGACAGAGAUGCAGCGUCACUAUGUCAUGUACUAUGAGAUGUCCUAUGGGCUGAACAUUGAGAUGCACAAACAGACUGAGAUUGCUAAACGCUCAACGCAAUUCUCGCACAGUCAGCCUUUCCUGUCACAAGAGCACCCAGAGCAGGUCGCUACAGGCUGGUUGGAGCGUGCCAAGCAGGUUCACGAUGAUGCACGCUCCAAUGCCAUCAUCGGG